AGUGUAACUGUGCAAUAUAGUAGGGUAGAAUAGGAUAAUUUUAACAAUUAUGUAUAUUUCGCGAUAUUGCAGCAUGAAUCGUCUGUAGUGGUUGAAAUCGGAUGACUUGGGGUGGGGUAUAAUCAGUUAUCAUUCAGACUCACUGACUAAAAUAAGAUAUCUGUUGAAUAUGAUUAAGGUUUUGUUCAUGGGAGUCAUCAGUAAAACUGAAGUAAAUUUAAGGAGGCUGCUUGCAACAGCUCCUCAGCAGAAGAAUCAAGCAAAGCUCAUACAUUAUGUUGCUACUUUACGAGAACAAUUGGAGCAAUUGGCAGCAGAAAGGUUUUGUCAUUGUUUGAUUUUUAUAUCUGUAAAGUUAAAAGACUGGACAAGAAAGACAUAUCUCUACGUUUUGGCAAAGGUGAGUGACUAUUCAGAGAAGAUUGAAGCACUGGCAGCUACAAUAGCUGAAGAACCACCUGUUUCGUCAGAAUCCUCGGAGGCUUUUGACGGGGGUUGGGUCAAGGAAAUUCCAUUAAAGCCAGAACAAGGAACUCACAUACCUUCUCCAAGAUUGCGAAGGAGGUCUCAUUAUAAAGUUGAAGAUAGAUCACGUGAGAUAAAAGAAAGUGAUUCAUCAGCUCCGAUCAAACUGGGUGCUGAAGCACAUGCACAUAUUGACAAGCAUAGAAAGCUUCAAGAAGAUUUGACAGAUGAAAUGGUUGGAUUAGCACAAAGACUUAAAGAGAGUAGCCUUAUGAUGAGCCGUUCCAUUGAAGACACGGAAAAGGUACUUGAUUCUACAGAAAGGGCAGUGGAGCACAGCUUGGCAAGCACUGGUAAUGCAAAUGCUCGGGCAAUGGAAAUUUAUUCCCGGACUUUCAAUACCACCUGCUUCACGUGGCUACUAUUCUUUGUCAUGAUAUGUGUUUUCAUAAUGGUCAUACUUCUCAUUCGUGUGACUUAGUUAUAUAAAACUGUAAUCUUUUAUCCUCCUUAACUUUUCCAGACCG